GGAACCAUUGCAAGGGGCAGAAGCCAGGCCCCCCACCAGACACUGUUGACUGGUAGUUCAAUUUCUCCCACUACGUCUCUCUGAGUUGCAGUGCAGAAUAGAGCCCAAGCAGAAAUUCCUGCAGACGCCCAUAGUUCGAAGUCCAAGACUCCUCGAUUCUUCAUUCCUGCAAGAUUCUGGAGCUAUACCAAUGGUUUCUAUGUCGCCACAGCCAUCAAUUUUUGUCUUCGCAUUCGUUUUCGCGCUUUUCACUGACGUCUCACUAAUUCACUCCAUCCCUUUCGCUGUCUUCCAUGGAAUUGGUGAUCAAUGCAGCAAUAAAGGAGUCUCAAGAUUCACUGAGCUUCUAAGCAGUUGGUCUGGGGCCACAGGAUAUUGCAUAGAAAUUGGAGAUGGGACAUGGAAUUCCUGGUUUAUGCCCCUUAUGGAACAGACGGAAAUUGCUUGUGAGAAGGUGAAGAAAAUGAGUGAGCUCAGUGAGGGUUACAAUAUUGUUGGACUUUCUCAGGGUAACAUGAUUGGUCGAGGGAUUGUCGAGUUUUGUGAUGGUGGUCCUCCUGUUAAGAAUUUCAUAUCACUGGGAGGUCCUCAUGCUGGUACAGCUGCCAUUCCAUUUUGUGGAUCUCUUGUGAUUUGCGUUUUGCUGGACAGUAUGGUCAAGUCAGAGAUGUACAGUAAAUUUGUCCAGGAACACUUGGCCCCGAGUAAUUACUUUAAAAUCCCAACUGACUGCUCUGACUAUUUAAGGGCAUGUAAGUUUCUCCCUAAGCUUAACAAUGAAAUCGCCAAUGAGAGGAAUUUCACUUACAAGGAACGGUUUGCUAGCUUGGACAAUUUGGUGCUUAUCAUGUUCGAGCAUGACACAGUCUUGAUACCGAAGGAGACCUCCUGGUUUGGGUAUUAUCCAGAUGGUGCCUUUGAACCGAUAUUAGAAGCCCAACAGACCGAGCUCUACAUAGAGGACUGGAUUGGAUUGAAAACCUUGGAUGAAGCUGGAAAGGUUAAAUUUGUUCGUGUGUCAGGAAAUCAUUUGGAAAUAUCUCAAAGUGACAUGAAAAAAUUUGUAGUACCAUACUUGGAGGAGUACCAAGCUUCCACAAGGCUAAUAGAAACAGUGUCUUCAUCCCGUGUAUGGUCGUCAUCAAUCUGGAAUACCAUCCUGGAACUGGUUGGGCUCAUUGAGGCAAACCCUCCUCUGCAUAUGCCCAAUUAAAUUUAGACCGUGGACAUGUGAGUGGGCAUUUUUAUCUUUCAUGAGUUAUUUAAUUUUUUGAUCUCCUGUAGACGUGCCAUUUUUCCAUUGCAUGCGGCCAGAAAGGAAGUUUGGCGCUGUUUGGAUUGGGUGUCUGAAUCAUGCAAACAAGUAAUGUUAUGCUUCUAGCUGUGAAUUUAUGGAUUAUUGCACUACAUAUUUUUCAAUUUGUUGGAUUAGAUCGUUGAA